AGGCUUUAUGUGACCUCUCAGAUAGUAGUGCCCGUUCUAUACCUCCAAGAGAACAACGCCGAGCGCGCGGCCUGACAUGACGCGCAAUGCUUCCGACAAGGUUGUACCCAGCUUAACGCCAGAACAACCACAUGCGUCCGGAAGACGAAUUGGCCUAUACUUUGUACUGGAGGAUGAAUAUUGGUUUCCCAGAUCUCAAGGCGUUACGACCGCUGGCGCUGCUGGAUCAGCUAUUUGCAUAAAUACCACUGGAGACAAGCCUUGAAAGCCAUCAAAUAGCGACCCUUCCCCCCAACGAAUAGUCAUGCAGAUGAAACUAUCUCUCCUUGCCGCCGCCUUGUUUGUCUAUGUUGGCAGCACCAGAGCCGCCCUCCUCGGGCUGCACCAACGUGCACCAACGUGCGACGAAGCAAUGGGUACCGAUUGCAAUUUCUUCGACGUUGACGAUUGUGUCGCCAACCUUGUAGCAAAUGGCAUAUCCGAGGAUGAAGACGGACGUCAAACGUGCUCAGGUAACAUCAGGGGAACCGACUCCGAGUGCACCUGCUCGUGCAAUUGCGGUGCCAGUGGGGCGUUCAAUAGCCGAGGCGAUUUGAACGAUCUUUUUAACGGCAUUGCGAACGCCUGCAUCAUCGAUGCUGACAGUAGUGCAGGCUCCGACACUUAUCAGGGAGUUAUUGGUGGUCGCAUAUCGUGUUCGCUCUUUUGAGUUCCUCAGUCUAGACACCGCAGGCAUUAGCACA